AUGCAAGAGCCGGCACGGAAGUGGAGGGAGGUUAAGGGCUACGGCUACGGCUACGGCUACGGCUUCAAAUGCCAAAACACAACGGAUUGCAUGCUAUACAGAAGGAAACAUUUGAGGACGACUCAGCAGGGUCACUAUGCAGCGAUGCAACCCGCAUGUGUGACAACUGAGGCGAACAGAACGACACCCGGCAGCCUGAAGAAUCCUGGCAACAAUAAGCAAAACAUCACGGACGGCUUGCCUGAUGGGAACCAUAUGUGCAUGCUACUUGCUACUUCAGCUCUCAGCAGAAACAAUGCAGUCAGCAUGGAGCAGACAGAACAGGGCCAACAGAUUGUCCACGAGAGGUAA